AUGGCAGAACAAGCAGAUGAGCAAGCAAAAGACAACUCGAGUCAAUCUUACCUCUCGACUGCAGCAUCAUAUGUUCCAGGGCUAGGUGGUAGCAGCAGUGGUGGCGAUUCAUCAUCAAAGUCAACAACUGAAUCUAUAACCGAUGCAGCUAAGACCGGCGGCGGGGAAGCACAGAAGGGACUACAUGCAACUGGCACUACAGUCAGAGACAACACCUCCGCCCUCCCCAUCGUCGGUGGCAUCACAGAAGGCGUCGGCAACGCUCCGAUAGCCCAGACAAUCGGCGGUGCCGAAGAAGAAAAAGGCUAUCUAUCGCAAGCAUACGAUUACGCAAGUGAGAAGACGCGGACAGUCUAUGAUGCAGCUGGAAACGCGAUCGGUACCGUAAAAGAUAAAGCCGGCUCCUACGUAUCCUCCGGCACCAAAGACCCUUCCGAUCCGGCCGCUUCAGAACAACCCGCCUCAGACGACAACUCACAAAAAGUCCUCCAAGAAGCCGAAGGCGCCGCAAAAUCCGCGGACUCCAAGGCCGGCGCGCCCAGCGAGACCAUCUCCUCUGGCGCCUCCAAGGCCUCCGACACAGCCACCUCAGGCGCCUCCGCAGCCACCGAUUCUGCAAAAGACGCCGGAUCCUCCCUCACAGGCGCCCCUCUCAGACUCCAAAGCCCCCCCGACCUCGAGUCCUCCUCCUCCGAACCCUCUGAAGCCAAAGCCUCCGCCGAAGAGAAAACAGAAGAAACGAAGCAGGACGGGCAAGAAAAAGCCUCAGACACCGCAUCCCAAGCGCAGAAAUCCUACACCGAGACCACCGAGGCGGCGAAAUCCGCUCACAGGGAUGUAGAGGAUAAAGCGCAGUCUGGGAUCAAGGACACGGUGGGUUCAGCGCAGGAGGCUACGGGGACGAAAGACGCGACUGGGGACGCGACGGAGGGGGUUGAUAAGACUGCCGAUGCGGCGAAGGGCGCUGCGAGGGGGGUGGAGGAUCAGGCGACGAAGACGGUGGGGGAGACCGGGGAGGGUGUUGGGAAAGUUGGGCAAGGGGAGGUGACCGAGGGGGUUAAGGAUGUUGGGGGCGCCGUAGGGAGUGGGGUCCAGGGUGCUGUUGGUGGAGCUGGAGAGGGCGUUAAGGGGGUUGGGGAGGGCGCUGUGAAUACGGGGGGAGGUGUGGCGAAGGGGGUGGGGAGUGGAUUGAGUAGUGCGGCUGGGGGAUUGGGGUUGGGCGGUGGAAGUGGUGGUGGAGAGGAAGAGAAGCCUAUCAUGGAACGGGGGAGGGGAGAGCUGUAG